GUCGUCCAAGCGUGGAAGAAAGAGAAAUGACAACCUCCCGCCGAAUCGUGCGAGGGAUGUACAGAGAGCAUUCAGGGCACGUCGUGCAGCUCAUUUGGAGGCCUUGGAGAACCGAGUAACAGAACUCGAAGAAGAGAACAAUAUGUUGCGCGCUGCGCUCAGCCUGCCUCCCGCAAAUCGUCCCCCGCUAGGCAAAGGUCCUACUGGAAAGGACAAGCCAAGACCUUACACGCCGCGCUCACAGCCGCCCACUAUCGUCACUGCCGAUUCGGUCGCUUCCACCUCUGCCCUGAGCACGAACGGACUUCCACCGCUUUCUGCCCUCCCCGCGAGUCGCACCGAGUCCCCCGAGUCCACGUCGACGCGGACACAUUCCAUGUCCCCAUCUUCGCUUGGAGCUUCGCUGAACGCAGCGGCACCGCCGCCCCCGCCUGUCGUAUCCGUCGACUCGACUUCGUGGGAUGAUGGGCUUUUUGGGACGAGUAGGGGGGAGCGCCCCGAGAUGGGCCAGCCCUCGCCGGUGACGACGAGUUACCCCGCUACCCCUCUAUCCGCCACCGGUUCACAGUCGUACCAAUUCCCCAACAACGCUACACGAAUACAACCUCUGCACCAACAGUAUUCGAUGCAGCCCAGUGCCCAAAAUUUCUCCCAUACACAGGACCGACCUCUAGCGGAUGCGUUCACCGAAGCUAAUUCCCUAUACGACCGGCGGUUUCCAUAUUCCUUCCAACCUACUUCAGAUAACUCCCUCCACGCACAAUCUCCGACACAGUCAGUCUCCAUGACCCCGCAGCGCGGGACUCCCUCCCAACAGCAGGUACAGCCGCCGGUAAACUACGCCCACAAACGAUCAAUCACCGAACCUAACGCGUUACGUUCGCUCCUGCUCAAUCAAGUUCCCCCGUCAUUGUCACAUCUGCAGCAGCAGCAUAAUUCACAGCAAGCGCGGGGCCCUUCACCCACCAGCCUGUCGGACGGGAUCCCGAUGCUACGCGCUGCGGACUUUGACAUGGACCUUAGAGGAGGCAGGAUGCCCUCUCUGCCUUCGUAAUCUCUCUUAUCCUUUGCUCCGUAUAAUAGUUUUCACGGACUUGCUCUCGUUCCGUCGUACACGAACAACCCUGUAUCGUUACUACCAAGUUGAUAAAGCUUUCGAGUCCACGUUGCAAUCAUCAAUAUCUG